AUGCCCAAACAUCCGAUCCCUGUGGUGUUUGUAAACUGUGUUACUCGCACGAAGAAGCACCGGGAAAGAACCCUGAGCGAAUCCGAGACGAACGAUAUGGAACGAAGGACGAACGAGCAUGCGACGUCGACAGAUGGUCCACCUUGUCAUCGUCUUCUCCCCGAUAUCUUGACUUCAACCAUGCAGCUUUUCCUGAGAGGUCCGGGGCCCGAGUCGCACAUGAUUCCACUCACGAUUUCUCCCAACUCGUCUCUUCAAACGUUGAUAGAUCUCUCCUUGUCAACCUUGUGUUGCUGCGAGACCCUAACCUUGGAGCCCUCACGUCAUGGAGGCUGUGUCGGCUGUUCGUCCAAUUCUUUCCGUGUGCUUCACGGAGGUCGUCAGCUUUUCCCCUUCGCGUCGUCUCGUCAGCGCUUAUCCAGCGUAGCAUCCCUCUGUGUCUGUCCGUACGAUACCCUAGAUGUAACGGUACCCUUGCGAGGCGGAGGUGGUGACGGUGGGGCCACGGGAGCUGAGUCGCGUGACUGCUACCUGCAGAUGUACGCUGGUCGCCGUCCGGAUAAGGUUGACCCGCGUGACACACGCGUGGCGAGCUGGACGCACUGCCAUCUGUCUGGCGAGCCGCUGACUCCUCCUUGUGUGGUGGACCUUCUGGGAAACGUGUUCAACAAGGAAGCUGUGGUUCGCGCCUUAGUGGAGAAGAGCAUUCCCGUUGCGCUGAAGCACAUAAAGGGGUUGAGGGAUGUCGUUGGGAUUCAGCUGACGGAAAUUCCAGGGCUUGACAAGAAGGCUCAUGUCAGGUUCCGUUGUCCGAUCACUCAGCAGGAGUUCAGUGGCAGCUUUAAGUUUGUCGCCCUUCGCCCCUGUGGACAUGUGCUUAGUGCUCGUGCACUAAAGGAACUGCCGUCCCCAACGUGUCUCGUCUGUCAUGCCAAGUUUCUGGAAUCAGAUCGGAUUCCAAUUAAUGGUACUGAGGAGGAGGUGGAGGUUUUGCGCACUCGGAUGGAGGAAGAACAAGCUUCCAGGCGUGCUGGGAAGAAGAAAAAAGGUGCUCCUCCUUUUUCUCUGGUUGAUGUAGUUGCUACAGGGAAUGGGCUGAAAGGAGCUGCAGUGGGGGAUGUUGAUGGGGUGGCAGUGGUGGAUAUCAGAGCAGGAAGCCUGGAAAAGAAAAGCGUCGCAGCAGGGAUGGCAGCAGCUGGUAGUCUGAGCCCUGAACACAGAUCAAUUGAUGCAGGGGGGCUGGUUGAUAAGCGAGGAGUCAAAAGGAAAGCAGCAGAAGGACCAAUUGCAGGAAUUAAGAACAUUUCAGAAGGGUCUGUCAACAAAGCAAGACCAAAGGGGUCGGAUUUGGUUCAGGUCAAGCAGCAUUUCAGAGCAGUGGACAGGCUGCCAGCCGGUGCAAGUAUAGAUGUUUACGCAUCAAUCUUUACUUCGUCGCGAAAAGAAGAUUUGAAGGAGACCUACUCUUGCAGGUCAUUGCCCCUAGGGAGGAACUGA